UUUACACAUGUGCAAGAGGAGGAUGGUUCACGAAGAACCUGGCAACCCUAUCCCUUCUGUCUCACAUUCUGUCAUUGGGCAGGACAGCAACAUUAUUUCAUAUUAUAAACAUUUUUCUCACCACGAAAGCUGUGCGUUUGCAGCAGAAGCAUGGGUUCGGGAGAGAGUACAACAAGAAAAGUGUCCUUCGGUGUUGACGAUGAGGACAGGGUCAGAAUUCUCCGUGGAGUCAAGCUGUCAGAAGAUGUUCUGCAAAGAAUGAGAGGAGUUGCCAACAUUGCCCCAGACCGCACGUCAUCACCUGCCUCAAGUCCUCAAACAAACACAGCCUCCUCUCACAGUGCCAGCUCAGGCUCUCAAUCUCAGCAAGGCCCACAGCAGCGCGCACAACCCAGUUCGCACUCCAGCAAAUCGGCCUCCUUCAGCAAGGAAGAUCAGAGGAGGUAUGAACAACAACAGAAGUUACUGAAGGAAGAGUGGGCCAAGAUGGCACAGCGAGAAAUGGAGGCGGCGAAGGAAGAGAUGGCCAAAGCCACGAGCCGGGAAAGACAACAAACACGGCUGGAAGCUGAGAGGACCAAACAGUUGUCUGCAGAUGAGAUAGAAUCAAUGGUUCAGCAUCUACAGAAGAAAGACUCACAGCUGAAAGCACUGGAUGCCUUCUACAAGGAGCAACUGGCACAACUGGAGAAGAGGGUAAAACAUUUGCACAAUCACACAACUAACACAUAA